AUGGCGUCUAAUUCAAAAUUGAAGGACCCAAGAGUAUGUCGCAUCUUUUUCUCCUCGCCGUUUGGUGGCAUAGAGGAUGAACGAGAGGAAUUAACCAGAAAAUAUUUUCCACAAAUCCAUCAUCUGUGUAAUUCACAUGGUGUCCAAUUUGUACCAGUUGAUAUGAGAUGGGGUAUCACUAAGGAAGCAGGAGAAAAUGCUCAAGUUAUUAAUAUUUGUUUAAGAGAAUUGGAUAGAUCAGAUAUGUUUGUUGGAUUCUUUGGUCAGAGGUAUGGUUGGCAUGGUGAUAAAGAUGAGUUAUUGCAGCAGAAUUUUGAUAACGCAGUUCCACGAUAUCCCUGGCUAGAGAAAUUCAGAGACAAGAGUGUGACUGAAUUAGAGUUUCUUCAUGGUCAUCUCAAUUUACCUGGUACCUUACCAGCAUGUAUAUACUUCAGAGAUAAGGAAUAUGAUGAUAAAAUUAGACAAGAAGGUGAGAAAAAUGGUGAUAAAAAGAUCAUAUUCAAAUAUUCUCCUGAAAGUGACCAUUCUAGUGCUAUGAUGGAAGAUUUAAAACGGCGUGUCAAAGCUACAGAGAGUAAGCUUUUAGACCUUGAUCUGAAAUAUCCAGACCCUUUUAAGGUAGCAGAAAUGAUGUUUAAAUGUGUGUGGAAGCAUUUAACAGAGGUUCUACUGGUCGAUUCAAAUCAGAUCAAAUUAACUAGACGUCAACAAGAAAUAAUUGAACAUGAUGCCUUUUUAUCCAGUCAUUUAUCUGUAUAUAGUCGAAAUUCAGAAUAUUUUCAUCAGCUUAACUCUAUAAUAGGUACUAAGAAAAAUUUACUAAUAACUGGUGAAGCAGGUAGUGGGAAAACAGCUCUAUUGUCUAACUGGAUUGAAGAGUUAAAACAGAAUGAAAAUAUUGUGCUAUUUUAUCAUUUAGUUGGUUCCACUUCCAGUAGUACCAGACCUUUAAAUAUCUUGGAAAGAAUCCUUCUGGAAUUUGAAUAUGCACUAGGAGAAGAAAAACAGGAAUCAGAUAAUUCUGAUCUGAAGAAAAAGGCUGAACCAAACGUACAACAACUUUUGCAGGAUAUUCAAGUGGCUAUGGAAAAACUGAGUGCCAAGGGGAGACAAACAAUGAUUAUUAUUGAUGGUCUAGAGAAAUUAAAACAAGCUAGUAAAAUAGAAAAGAAAUCACUGAUGGUACUUGGUAAAGAAUUAUCCCCAGAUCAGUUAAAAAGAGUUAUUGAUGCUGAACAGACUAAAAAUCCUUUAUUUCUUAAAAUCACCAUAGCUGAAAUUGUGGUGUUUGGAUAUUUUCGACUGCUUGAUAAGAAAAUAGAUUCAUUGAUAAAUUGUGAAAGUGUUGAAGAGUUAUGUGAAAGUUUUUUAAAAAGAUUAGAGGAAGAUUAUAAUGAUGAAAAUUAUAAGGAGGGAGAUCUUGUCAAAAAGGUACUAACAGCCAUAUCAGUAUCUAAAGAAGGUAUAUAUGAAACUGAAUUAAAAGAAAUAUUCCACAUUCCUGACUCUAUUUGGUCACCAUUAUAUUUUGCUAUAGAGAAAUAUGUUGUAAAACAUUCAGGUUUAUUAAAAUUUGGUUUUACAGAGUUAGAAAAAGCUGUUGAGAAACAUUUUGAUUCAAGUUCUGAAGACAGAAAACAGAUAAUAAAGCAGAUGAUUGACUAUUAUGAAAAUAAGAGAAAAACAUUCAACUUUAAGAUUAAUUCCACCCACCCUGAUGUUAAGAGAGUUAGUCUUGAACUUCCAUUCCUUCAACAGAGAGUAGGUGAUACACAGGGCCUUGUCAGAACAGUUACUGAUAUUACUGUCUUCAAUUUCUUAUACCAUGAGAAUAAAUAUGAGUUAAUAGAACUGUGGACAACCAGUGAACAUCCACUGUCUAAAAUAGUAGAUAAUUACCUGUUAAACUUUGACCUACGUGUAGCUGAUAUUUACCUUCAAAGACAAGAAACUCCCAAUGUCAAGUAUAAACAACCACCAGGAGUAUUUGCCAGUAAUUUUCUGGAUGAUUUAAGAAUAGCUAUCAGUAUGGUUCAACAACCUUUACAAGGCAUAAGAUUAACAACCAAAAAGAUACAGAUAUUGGAGAACAGUGAGGGGUAUAUGAAUGAGAAGGAUAGACAAGCAGCUCUAGUUAGAUCUCAGUAUUUUCUAGCUACACAGUAUGUUGAAUUGGAGGACUAUGAAACAGCUGAGUCCAUUCAUCAUAAAAUCAUACAACAGUUAGAAAAAUUGCGAGAAGAAGAUAAUAUUAUAGAUGAUAGUUUGAUAGUGUUAGCUAUGUCAUACAAUGAUAUGGGAGUUAUUCUCAUCAAUAAAAUGCAAUACGAAAAGGCUAGAGAAUAUUUCUAUAAAAGUUUAGAAAUAGAAGAAAAGAUAGCAGUGCCUCAGGAGGUGGCAGAAUGCUGGAUGAAUAUUGGAACAUGUGAAUUACAUUUAAAAGAUCCUGAAAAAGCUUUAGAAUUCUUUUUUAAAACAAUGAAGACAUAUGAGGAGAUAUUUUUUGGCGAGUUGAACCAUUCACUUGGAGCUUUAAUGACUAAUAUUGGGCUAGCCUACAGACGGCUGAAUAAUAUUGAAGAGGCUGAAAAAUAUUACUUAAGAUCAUUAAAGAUUAAAGCCAAUGCUUUAGGCUGGUACAAUCCUGAUGUUGCUUUUGUAUACAUGAACUUAUCAGUUAUUGAACAGCUUCGCAAAAACUUUGCCAAAUCAUUAGAAUAUAUUGAGAAAGCUGAAGAAAUUUUCAAGAGAAGAAAAGCUAAUUUACGUCAAAAUCUUAAUUAUCGUAAAAUUGUUGAGAAUCGAUUAUAUUACCUUGCCUGUCUGGAGAGAUUUGAAGAAGCAGAUGAAGAUUAUCAACAUAUCUUGAAUAUACUAAUAGGGGAAAACCAAAUGGAAUAUUGUUUAAAAGGUCUACAUAAUGAAAUGUUAAAGUAUUAUAUACGAUCAGAGCAGUAUGAUAAGGCUGAGAAGACUGCAAUAGCUAUAUUAGAUCAGUCCGAUUUAAUAGCCUAUGACUUCAUAUACCUUAAUCAUCUGGAUGGUUUAAAACCAUUUGAAGAAAGACCUGUGAGAGAGUAUAAAUAUUCUAUGGAAAAAGCUUUUGAUUUAUGGCCAUCAGAUGGUGAUGUAUCGAGAAGAUUAGCAAUAAGUAAUUAUAUACCCAAUAAUAACCUUGACAAGCUAUUAAAACAUCUGGAGAAAACUGAUAACAAUAUAGAAGGUUUGGCAGACAAUACCUAUGGUUACGCAGCUGAGUGGUGCCAUCAAGCUGAUAAUGAAAAUUUAGCUCUGAGUGUUCUCAAAAAAGGUCAUGAAAUAUACCCUGAUUCAAUGUCAAUUAUAGACAAGAUAGUCAAUAUAUUACGUGAAAGAAAAGAUUAUGCUCAGUUAUUAGAUAUUUUAAAACCAGUAACAGAACGGCAUGAUAAUUCAUCCAUAAACUUCCUGGCUGCGUACUCUGCAAUAAUGAGGGCUGAGUUUGAUUUAGCCAGAGAUUUGUUGACUAAAAUUGUGAGUAAAACUGAAGAGGAUCCCAUGUAUGAAAAGGCCAGUAAUUUACUCAAAUCUGUUGAUCAAUUUGAAGAAGAGACAAAGAAACAUAAUGAAGAAAAAGAAAAGGCAGACAGUUGA